CAAGCCCUCAUUCUGUCCCCCAUGGUGGGCACUCUCUCUGGGACAACUCCUCUAUUUCUGUCUGCUCUCCAGAUCGGAGUCCUGCUGCCUGCUUCUGGUCAGAUGCUCAAAGAGCCCAAUGUGGACAAUAUAGAGGGAUUUUUCUUGGGAUUACUGUCAAUAAAAAGCAACAGCGCAGGUGGAGAGGGCCUGUGAGAGGUGAGGGGAUCAGAUAAGUGUGGCCUUCAAAAGGAGACAGAGCCUUUUGGGAAGAUACAACAAGGCCUACAUUAUGGAUUAUAAAACCAUAAGAAAAACAACAAAUUCCAGGAUUUUAUUGGAUGGAGGCCAACUAAAAGGCACCAUGCCUUAGGAGCUACUGGUUUGACAAAAUCCUGAGUGGAGGCCCCCACACUCCAGGUGCUGCAGCUCCUGCAGCAGGCAGAGUGUAUUAAGAGGUCUGUGUUUGCAUGAAUGACUGCACAGCUGAGGACAGAGCUUUAUGUUAACGAGCCUGCAUCAUGACCUCAGUUGAGAAACGCCGCUCUGGCCGAAAGAGCGGUGGGCAUCGAAAGCACAGCGAUGGAGGCUACAGCGACACCUCGAGUGCUGGCUCCUUUCUGGAUGAGACUGACCGGGAGGUCAGCAAUCUGACAGAUCGAGCAUUCAGGAGUCUCUGCAUCGGAGAUGAAGCUGUGUAUAAUGACUCAGAUCUGGGUGCGUCUUCACCCUGCACCCAAAGAGACAGACAGCUGGCCUUCAGCCAGAGUGCUCAGGACAGAGACAGAGAGAGGGAGGAACUUAAGAGAGCUGCACAUGAGAGCUUCAGCCUCAGGAUGCAGCAGUAUGGACAGGAGUGGAUUCACGGAGGAAUGUAUGGGGCUGAGAUCCAAAGGGAUCCACAGUGGGAGGUUUAUGGGGAAAGGACACAGGGGAGAGUUUCUGCUACAUUCCAGCACUCCUUUGUGGAAACCUCUCAACAGGAGGAAGCUCUAAGAGGAGAACAGCUGUCCUUCCUCAGCAACGGAGCCACAGAGGUGAGUUCACAGCAACGCAGAAGCCGCUCCAGAGUCUCCUCCCUCAUCAGAGCUUUUAACUCUGAGGGACAGAGAGACGGAGCAGUGAUGGAUGGAAAACUCAGAGAGUGGAAUGAUGACACUAGCUGGGAUAAAUCUGCUCUGAUGAGUAUACAAAGGGAACUUUCUGAAUUGUCUACAUCAUACCAGGACAACUUUAACAGUGGUCAUUUCCCUUCAGCUGGUCAGUUCUCUUCCCAAAACUCUGAUUUCUACUCCACUGAAGUUGCAGCAAUGAGUCACACGAACUCUGGAUCCUCUUUUAUACGAUCUUCCCACAGUAAACACAGCAUGUCGGCAGAGAUGAACUGUAACUCUAACUUCUUUAUACACAGCGAGUUCAGUCCGUUCAAGGUGUGGAGGGAUCAUAACAGGUUCCCUUUCCAACAAGGAGAAGUCUCAGGCUUUAUGCACUAUCCAGACUUCCCCAAAUGGUAUGAAACACCAAUGUACAAGGAGCUUUCAGUGGAGGCCCAACCACAGGUCCCAUACAGGUUUGAUGAAAGAGGAAUGAGACACCUAAGGAAUAACUUGGCACCUGUAGUUGCUCCAAAUACUCCACGGGCCACCUCCACAUCCACAAUGUUGCAGAGAGCUGUCGAGAAACGGUGUGACUCAGAGCUGCCAGGUCAAUAUCCCUACAGAAAGAGAGCACAGAGCCUGGGAGCAAACAGGCUCCCAUCCCAGCGCCCAUCAACUGCAUCGCCAACGGUCGAGAUGUCUCGACGUGUCCAGGACACCAUCAGCUCUGUCAGAGCUCUCCAGCAAAAAAUCAAAAUGAUGACAGAGGAAAACAUGUCAGCAGGGAUGCCAAUGACUCAACAUGGAGUACCCUAUAGCAACGAUAAUCUUAUUCCCUAUGGAACCUAUUCAAAAACAGAAGCACCAAAUGUUGUCAGCAGUAACACAAGCACUACUCCCUUUAACAUCAGCCAGCUGCUCACACCUGCGGUCCGUGCACAUCAGGAAGUAGAGACAUUAGACAUCCAACAGCACGCAGUUUCCCCUCAGCUCGUGGAACAUGCUCCAGUGCGAGCUGAAAGCAGGGGAGCCACUCCAGAUAUUAGGAUGUCCAGCUACAAAUCCAGAGCAACAAGCCUCCUCUUCAACCUCAAAGACAACAGAAAAAGAGUAAAAAGCACCUACAGUCCGCCCAGAUUCAAAGGCUUAGAGCCGCAGGAGAAAAACAAACAGUCUUUAAUCCAGGAGUCAAGUCACACUGUGAUAGAUAUGCCAGAUUUCCCAGAUGCAGACGUUCAAUAUCCCCAAGUAGAGGGCUCUAACUGGACUAAUGCUGCCUCACACCAUUAUGUAAACCAAUACCAUAGCUCUGGAUCAACAAACUAUGAGCCUGCAACAACACACACAGGCCCAUAUUCAGAAUACACUUCAGGUAUUUACCAGACAGCUCAGAUGCAAGGUGAGAUGGUUCAUCACUCUGGGUUCACUGGUUUCAUACCUGAAAAUUACACCAGCAAUCAGCUGGCUAAUGGCCAGAAUCUCUAUGAGGACUUAUCGUCGUUUACUCCCUAUAAGCAAGGCAUGAUGGAUAAUGUAGUUAGUCAGAGGGGAGUUGGAUACGGACAUAAACCUUCCUACACAGCCACAGACAUACCAAGGCUUAAUGUUGGCAGCAAUCAAAGCAGAGAAUAUCUGAUCAAUAUGGCAAACACGGAACAAAACUUUGCUGGCACAAUGGGAAGGGCUGAUGGAUAUCAGCAGCUCACAGACAACAGCUAUGAUUAUAGUCAUGUGUCCUCACAGGAUAUAUGGAGACAGACAAACAACCAAGACCUGAAAAGUCACAGUCUAAAUGAAGCUAUUCCACCAUGGGCACAAGAAAUAAAAGCUUCAAUGGAAAAAGGCAAACAUCGACAGGGCUACCAAAGAGCAGCCAUGACAAACGAGGAGCUCUACACAACAAGACACAGAGGAGAAAAUCUACAAAAUACUCAUCAAGUGCCUGAGAAUAAUGAUUUGGUCCAAGUUUUUGGUGAUGGAGCUUCUUAUGCAGUGGAUGGCUGUGUCAAUUCAAAUGUUUCAAACCGACUUCCCCAAUAUGGUGGAUUAAGGAAUAACACAGAGGGAAAUCAAGCACAUUAUGGAUAUCAGCAACCUGGAGCCUUUAAAGACAAGUACACUCUUCAAAAUGAAAAUAGACAUAACAAAGAAAAGGAAACUGAAGUUGGACAUAUGCCAAAGACUUUUAAUAGAUACCCUGAAGAACACCAACACGCCCUAUAUUUGGAUGCAGACAAAACAGGCCAGACAAAACAAUAUACGCCAAUUCCAAAUGGUUAUGAAAUGCAAAAUCCACAACCAGCAGAAUCGAAACCACAGUUUAAACAAAACAUGCAGAACAAUGCAAACCCAGACGAUCUGACUGACCCCACAACGGAUAACCAAGCAAAAGAUAGAAAGUUUGAUGAGGUCAAGGCUGAACAGACCAUGGCAGGGCAUGUGAAAGCACAACACGCCCAAGCAAAACUGGCAGUGGCUCAGGACUGGGCUAAAGAGCAGCAGCCCAAAGAGGAGUUGGCUGGGUUAAAUUUAGCAGAGCAGACUGGUCCAGAGACAGUCAAAGAAGAACAGAAAGAGGGAGUAAACCAGGCCAGCACAGAACAUGUCGAGGAGAAGAGUUGGGACAACGUGAUAGAGCAGUUGACAGAAAAACAACCAGAAGAGACUAGAGAUGUAAAGACAAAGGCAGAACUACCAACAGAACAGAAGGUAACAGAGCCAAGUUAUAUCACAGAGGAAGCAGGAGCAGAGCACAUGAAAAAGGAGCAGGAUGAGCAGGUCAAAGUAAAACAAGCUGAAGCAGAGAGGGUUAAAGAGGAUCAUACAAAAACAGAACUGGCAGAGACAGAACAGGCAAGAAUAGAGCAGACUAAAGCUGAAGAUGCCAAAAGAGAAAGGAUCAAAGCAGAGCAACUGGAGACAGAAAAGUUAAGAGCCGAACAAGCUGAGAGAGAGCGAACUGAGGCAGAACAAAUAAGAGAAAAAGUUAAAGCAGAACAAGCUGAAGCAGAGCGACAAAAAUUAGAGCAAGAGGAACUACAAAAGACAGAAAAGCAAGCUGAAGCAGAGAAAGAGAAGGGUCAAGUUGAUGAUACAGUUUUGAUUAAAGAAGUAGUUGAAGAAAGAGAGAUAGAGCUGGAAACUCCCAAACAAACUAAAGCUAACAUUACUGAAACAGAGCAAAAUAAAGCAGAGAUGGUGCAUGAAGAGUCAGCUAAGCCAGCACCAAAACUAACAUUGUCCCAGCCAGUCAAAAGGGAGCCAGAUAAAGUUGAGCAAGCCAAGACAGAGUUAGCUAAAGCGAAAGCAGAACUGGCUAAAAUCAAGGAAAAGAUGAAAGUCAAAAACACAGUUCCCUCUAAAGAUGAUGAAGUAAAAAGACAAGUUCCUGCUACCAUAGAGAAAGAGAAAAACAAUGACAACAAAGAUCAGGACCAGCUUACCAAAAUCGAGGAUCAACAGAGCAAAGAUUUGUUUGUAACUAGCAGGCAAAGUUCAGAUCUGGUUUAUCAAGGACUUGAUGAGUAUAACCGUCUUAGAGAGAAAUAUGGUUUUACUGAUACACCAAUAAUGGGAACCAAAACCUCAGCUGCAGAAUAUAUUUCUUCAAAAGAUGCCAAUGAAACACCAGUUUUAACUCGUAAUAAAUCUGAGACAAAAAAUAAAGAAAAAUCAAAAGAUGAAGUUAGCUCUGAAAGCAAAUUUAUAAAAGCUAACUCAGAAAUCAAGGAUGAAGUAAGAAGCUUUCAAGCUAUGGAUGGUACAGAAAGUCAGUAUAUUUACAGCGAGUCAUCCAAAGAAUUCAAAUUAUCCAGCAGCAAUAAUAUACCCACCAAUCCAGAUAGUAUAACAAAAAUGGACUCUCUUACUUAUACAGUAAAGGAAGACAGAGUUGAAAAAUUGGAAACACAGGACUCACUGAUGCAACCUGACGUUUCACCGCAAAAAGAUUCAAAUUCAGCAAUUCAGCUCCCCCUUGAAAGAAAACCCAAGUCAACUGAGCACAGUCUGGCCCCCAGUAAAGACACACAUUCAAACCCUCCCCGAGCGCUGUCCCAUAAAGAGAGAGCUCAGACAAAGCAGGAGAUUCUGACGUCAAAGAUAAAAGCUCAUGCUGAAAAAGAGAUUUCUGCAAUUAAAGAAAAGGGGUACGCUAAACGAGAAGGACUUAUGUCUAAAACAUCUAACAAGCAACUGGGAGGAAGUCAGAUUAUAAGUGCUCGACAGAAACCUCCAUCUCAAGAAGCUCCUAAAAAGCAUGACAACACAAUGUCCAGUAAUAUAACUCCAAAACACCAAAUGGAGCCAGAAGGAAUACAGAUGGCCCCAGUUGAGUCUGCUUCAUCUUCCACCUCUGCUACAAUACCAGUGAAGUCUGCUAUGACCAAUCAGACAGAGAGCCAUUCACAGAAAGUUCACAAAGAGCCAAUGAAUGAAAAUGUGCCAAAGCCAACCAAAGAAGGAAAACAGACAGGAAUUCACCACAUGGAAAUAGACUAUGGCUUGGUAGAAUCUCAAAAUAAAGAGACUCAGGCUUCAACACAAAGUAAAGAGCAAGCAACCAAUAACCAGCAAGGACAACAUGAUAAAGCUAAUGGGGAAAACUCCAGAAACAAGACUGAUGGACUUAAAAAUGAUCUUACUGAUGACACAGUCAAUGUCAUCAAAGAGAAAGAAGCUAAAACUACGGUUGAAGCCAAAAAGUCCCAACCUACAACAAAUAAAAAGGCUGAGAGCAACCAAGCAGCAGUUCUUGAGGAUUCAGCACCAACACUUUGUCUUGUCUUAGGUCAGAAUACUACCCCUACAGCCGAUGACAACCUGCAGAUCAGAGGAAUAAUGGUAACUAUUCGAGAGAGAAAGCCAUCUUUAAGCAAUGAUGAGAUGAACACUUCAGACCAGAGCAGUAAUUCAGAGCUACAUGAAUGUCGAGUAAGCUCUCAUCUAGAAGCAAGCAAAGGGGAUACACCCUUAAAGGAAUCAACCAAAGUAGAGACUAAGGACAAAGUUGUACAAAGUGCUCUUUCUACAAUGACAGAUGAUAAGACUAAAGUAGGAAUGAAAAUUUAUGAAGAAACCUUAGCCAAAAGGGAAACACAACUCCAAGAACCACUGGCUGAAAAAGGUUCACCUUCCACUGUACCUGCUAAAAAUAAAACCUUGGCUGAAACUCUACCCCUUCUCCACAACCAAGACAUAAUACCAGGAGAAACGAAAGAACUCACAUAUAAGACACCGCCAAGGAGCAUGAAAACUGAUGAAGUAAAGACAAAUACUCAAGAUAAAAAUGUAGACAAGAAGCAAACAGCACAUGUCAAUGAGAAACUUACGUCCAACGUGAUAAACGACCACACUGAUAUUUCAAACAAAGCUGAUACUGAAUCAAACAUAGAGACCUCAAUGAAAGAUGAUGUGAAAGCUGUCCUAAGUCCAACCAGUAGCAAGAAAACAGAAGACAGUAAUGCAUCUUUACUGGAGGAAAAGAAACAUCACUCAACACCAGUCAACAACAAUAUUCCAUCCAAUACUUUAACUGACAAGGAGGUCAGACAGGAAGAAAACAUUCACCUAAACAAUGAUGUGCACAUAGACAGCAUUGCCAUCAGAGUUGUGCCAGCAGCAGUCGAGGACUACACAAGAAAAGCAGAGAACCAGCAUCCCACAGCUGACCCUUCAGUUGGAGUUGCAGCAAAUGAAUAUAAACAAGUUGCAUCAUCUAUUGCUGAAGCAAAACUCAAAAAUGAAGAUGGAACAAAAGACUUCAUUGCAGCAAGCAGCCAGAAGCAGCCGGAAACUAAUUUGGAAAACAAUUUGUCAGUACAUCAUGUGUUGUCCAGUGUGAGAAAGCUGCCUGAUCCUUUGAAAAACAAUAGUCAACAGGAAAUCAAUGCAACCAGUAAGAAUACUGAAGCUAACACUGGAAAAUAUGAUAGUGGUGAUACAGUGGAUGAAUCAAAGAUACCACCAACAGAGGAAGACUACUUUCAAGUGCAAGGGAUUGCUAAAGUAGAUCACAAACUGGACAGAAAAGGAAGUGACGGAAAUACAUCACAUGCUCUUUCAGAGAGAAAGGAACUUCCAAGAUCGCUGUCAAACAUGGGAGUUUCUAACAAAGACUCAAAUAAUGAAGGACAAAAAGAAGUCUACGUGUUGGAUCAAAGUCUUAGAAAAAUAGCCGAAUCAAAGUCUGCAAGCAUUCAAGAAGAGGACAUGAAAAAGAACAACAGAGAAACAGAGGAUAGCCUGGCCUCAAAACACAGCGAUGGUCUCAGAGAGAAACACAGUACAACAAAUGAGAAGUCAGAGGCAGGCCAAGCCAUCAAUAUCAGAAAACAUCACUCAGAGAACAGGUCCAAUUCAAGAGAAAGACACAGCCAAAGAAAUUCUAAUCCAACAAGGGAAAACACAGAAACAGAAAAACCUGAAGUGAAACCAACACCAAAACCCAGGGUUUCCACUAUACCUGAGAUAUCAGCUCUGGCAGACUAUGCCAGGUUAAAAGUCAUUGUUUCAGAAGACAGAGAAAACACGAUCCAGGAGUUUCCACCCAAUAAAAAGGAAGGAUUCUUUCCACUUAUUCAGAGUCGUCAUAGCAGACGCCCAGUGUUCACUACUGACCCACAGGACUUCACUGUGAAAGAGAAAACACUGCCAAAUAAAACAGAGGUCAGUUCCAAAGUGAACAAAGAGCCCAAGCCCUUGGUGUUUCCUAUUACAGAGAAAGAACAUCAAAGGACAGGGAUGUUCAAACUAGGAGACAAAGAAAGACAAGACAAAUUGCCUAUUGAUGCCAAAGCCAACGCACAACACAUACAAAGAAUCAAGUCCCCUACAACUCAACUAAAAAAGGAGAUAAUUGAGGAAGAAGUAUCUUCAGCUGACACUAAAAGAGUUCAUCAAGCACAUGAAAGUAUUCAUCAGUCAAACAAUCAAGCACCAAACUCAUCUUCUGCAAUGAACAGGCCAAGAAACUCAUCUGUGUCUCAACAAAUAAACCCUGGUGACAACUCCAGUUCAAAUGAGAAGCAUCAACAAUUUUCCCCAACAGCCGACAGAAUACCCUAUUUGGAUAAAAGCUCCCAUCAACAACCAACUUUAGUGCAAGGUAACAACACAGAAGAGAGCACAGAAAUUUCAAGAAGAGAUCAGAAGACUGUAAAUGUUCAAGCAGAGAAAGAUGGCUCAGAAAAGCUGAGACAAGACAGAGCUGCAUCUAAGCAUGAAGACACCAUGGCAAAACAGCAGAACAGAGCAAAAAUGUUGGAGGAAGAACACACCGCUACAGAAGAGAAGAAAAAGACAGAGAACAUGAAAAUAAAACACAUAGUUGCAGAAAGUAGAGCUUCACUGGCUGAAGAACAGAGGAAAGCUGCUAAGAGAGAAGAGGAGAGGAGAGCAAGAGAGCGAGAGGCCAUAGCUAAUCAGAUAAAGGAGAGGUGGGAUAAACAGAAAGAUUCAGAGAGAAAAACUGAUGAAGACAGAAAAAUAAAAAAGACAGGACAAGAGGCACACAAAGAGGAGGAGAUGAGAGCAAAACUGAGACAAGAAGAAGAAAAACGGGUGAAGGAAAUCAGGGAGAAGUGGCAACAGAAAGCUGACAAAGAGAUAAAGAGACAGCUAGAACAGCAGAGGCAAACUGCUCAAGAGGCAGAUGAUAAAAGAGUAGCUCAAGAGGAGCAGCAGAGGAGAGCUGCUCAAGAAGAGCAACAAAGGAGAGGAGCUGCUGAAGAGGAGAGACAGAGGAGAGCUGCUCAAAAAGAACUUCAGAAAAAAGCAUCAACAGAGGAGCAACAAAGUAGAAGAGCUAUGGAAGAAUUGCAACAGAGAAAAGCUGCACAAGAUGAACAGCAGAGGAGAAAAGCUGCUGAAGAGGAGCGACAAGAAAGGGCUGCACAAGAGGAACAGCAAAGAAGAGAAGCUACUGAAGAAGAGAGGCGGAGAAGAGCUGCUGAACAGGAGCAGCAAAGGAGAGCUCAAGAAGAUCAACAAAGGAGAAGAGCUGCUGAAGAAGUACAACAGAAAAAAGCUGCACAAGAGGAACACUUGAGGAGAAAAGCUGCUGAAGAGGAGAGGCAGAGAAGAGCUGCUGAAGAAAGGCAGAGAAGAGCUGCUGAAGAAGAACAAAUGAGGAGAAAGGCAGUUGCAGAGGAGAGGAAGAGAGGAGCUGCUGAAGAGGAAAACCAGAGGAGAAAAAAUGCUGAAGAGGAAGGAAAGAGAAAAGCUGCUGAAGAAGACCACCUGAGGAAAAAAGUCGCUGAAGAGGAGAGACAGAGAAGAGCCACUGAAGAAAGGCAGAGAAGAGCUGCCGAAGAAGACCACCUGAGGAGAAAAGCAGCUGAAGAGGAGAGACAGAGAAAAGCCGCUGAAGAAAGGCAGAGAAGAGCUGCCGAAGAAGACCACCUGAGGAGAAAAGCAGCUGAAGAGGAGAGACAGAGAAAAACCGCUGAAGAAGAACACCUGAGGAAAAAAGUUGCUGAAGAGGAGAGACAGAGAAGAGCUGCUGAAGAAAGGCAGAGAAGAUCUGCUGAAGAAGAAAAUCUGAGGAGAAAAGCUGCUGAAGAGGAGAGGCAGAGAAGAGCUGCUGAAGAGGAACAUCAGAGAAGAAAAGCUGCUGAAGAGGAGAGGCAGAGAAGAGCUGCUGAAGAGGAGCAUAAGAGGAGAAAAGCUGCUCAACAGGAGAGGCAGAGAAGAGCUGCUGAAGAGGAACAUCAGAGGAGAAAAGCUGUUGAAGAGGAGAGGCAGAGAAGAGGUGCUGAAGAGGAAAAUCAGAGAAGAACUGCUGAAGAAGAGCAGCAAAGGAGAAGAGCAGCACAAAAAGAGAAGGAGAGGAGAGCUGCUCAAGAUGAACAACUGAGAAGGAAAAUUCUAGAAGAAGAGCAAGGAAAGGCUGCAAAAAGGGAGCAGGAAAGGAGAGCUGCCCAAGAGGAGCAGCAGAGGAGAGCUUCACAUGAGGAACAGCAGAAGAGAGCUCCACUAGCAGAGCAACAGAGAAGAGCUGCAAAAGAGGAGCAGAAGAAGAGAGCUGCUGAAGAGGAGAAACAAAGGAGAGCUGAACAAGAGGAGAAGCAAAGAAGAGCUACUUUAGAGCAGCAGCACAGGAGAGCUGAAGAAGAUGAACAGGAGAAAAGAGCUGCUCUGGAAAAGCAGCAAAGAAGAGCUGUUGAAGAGGAACAACAGCGCAGAGCUGCACAUGAGGAUCAGCAGUGGAGAGCUGCUCUGAUUGAGGAGCAAAGGCAGGCUAAACAGAUUGAGGAAAAGAUACUCAAUGAUAUAGAGAAGAGAAAGAAACAAAAACAUAGAGAGCUUGAAAAAGCUGCACAAAAUUCAGAACAGGAAAGGAUCAAACAGAUGUUGGAGCAAAAUGAAGUCGAGCAGCACACAGACAAGCAGAGAGAGCGAAGACAGAAAAAAGAUGAGAAAGCUAGAGUCCUUGAGGAGAACCAAGCAGUGCUGAAAGAGGACAACAAAGUGGCACAAGAACACAAGCUGGUUCAAGAAGAUGAAAGAGAAAGGAGAAUGGAUGCUCUCCAGUACUAUGCUUUAACCUCAACAGAUUCUGAGAGGAAAGAGAAAGAUAGAGAGCUUUUCUCCCCUUCACCUCCACAACAAAGACACAAUCCUGUGGGCCUAGAAUCAUCUGAAAACUCAGAAUCCCUUACUAAGUCUUAUAGGCCACAGGCCUCUGCAUCUCCAGCACCAUCUCUGUCCCGCUCCAACGCCUCCUCUCCUGCACUGGGAGUCAAGCCCUUGAUGUUCAGGGUAAAGGACAACACCUUCAGAAGUUCCUCUUUCACCAAGUCAGUCAAACCACGCUUCCACAAAAACUUUGGAGAGGAUUACCGGGUCGGAUCACCUAUGGAAAGGGGGUCAGAGAGAGGAGAGGAGGAGCAAGAGAUAGUUAGACACAGUGCUGGAACUCCUAUUCAUGCUGACAUGGGGUUAAACAGACUUGCUGCAAUCAGAGAAUCACCAGCUUUUCAAUCAGCAUAUUCUUCUCAGGACUAUUCAGCACAUCUCCCACAAAGGCCUUACUCCAGAAGGAGCAUUGCUCUGGAUGAGGAUGACUCCCGCUCUGUCAUCAGCAACAUGUCAGAAGGUAUGGAGAGUUUUGCCACCAGUGCAGCAGAUCUAUCAGAACUACGAGGCUUGUACUAUGAUGAGAGGCCCGAGUCAGCCUGUAGCUUCAGCAGUGAUGUGUCCCGAUCUCUGGGCAAGCCUCCAGCUGUUCCCCCAAAGAGUGAAAAGGCACUGCGCAGGGCAAAAAGGUUGACUUCUCGUAGAAUCAACAAGGAGAUGUCCAAAGUGGGAACAGACAGCCCUGCUGGAGUUGAGAAAUCUCAUCAAGAGGUCUCCGGUAAUCCUCCUUCCUCCUCCACUGAGGUACGCUCCUCAAACCGCCAUGUUGUGGCUUCCCCUCAUUUUACUCCACCUGUUUCCCUCACUCAUGCGCCAACAGUGGAGUCAAGCUUGCCUUCUUCUCACUCUGAACACCAAUCUUCUCAUAGCUCUUUCCAUGCUUCCCCCCAUGCCACUGGUCCUAUCUCCCUCCCAGUCGCCACACCUCACGCUACUGCCCCCGUUUCCCUUCCUGUUGUCUCAACUCAUGCUACUGCCCCUGCUUCCCACACUGCUGCCCCAAGGACAGUUGCUCAUACUCCCUCUUCUCCCACUCUCCAUCAUGCCAACCAUCCAGCUCCAGUGACACAAUACCAGGUCGAGUCAAGCUAUCCCCAGUCCUACCCAAUGACACAGCGUAAAGUGCUACAAGACCUUGGCUCUGGUCAGUACUUUGUAGUGGAUGUGCCUGUCCAAGUGAAAACAAAGACUUUCAUUGACCCAGAGACAGGGAAGUAUGUUCAGCUGAAUGUGCGUGAGACUGCUCAGAGUACACCCCGACCCCAGCGAAAGCUGCAGCCUCAGCAAGCAUACCACCAGCCUCAGCUUCAACCCAAAAUGCAGGCCAAGCCACAACAACAGUCCCUCUCUCAGGCCUCUCCAGCUGGCAAGCCUGUUGCGCUUUAUGAAGGCUAUCAUGGUUAUUCCCAAGGAUACCAACCUGCAGCUAACAAAUCCAUUCCCCACCACAGGUCAGCGGCUCCUGCGACACCCCAUCAGGAGCAACAGUCUGUGAGGGACGGCCCCAUCUACGGAUAUCCAGCCCCUGAAAUUAGGCAGAACCCUGAAGGGCCUCGCUACAGCCCAGAGAAGACUCCUUACAUGGACACAGUUAAUGAUUCAGGCAAAACAUAUAACACAGUUUACAACACACACGGCCCAUAUGAGUCGUUCCCAGAGUGCGACACAAACAGCCAGCUUGCAGGAAGCCCAGUUUGUGAAAAUGAUAACUCAGCCCACCCACGAUAUCAGCCUAGAGAAAUAAUCACCAUAAGUGAACUGGAGGACUUUAUGGAGGUGUCCGACUGGUGAGAACACAGACUGGUACAGAGAAUAUGCCACAAACUGGGCUGGCAAUGUAAAGAUGGCAAGUGGUGGCAGAGUAUUUGACAAAAUGAAACACCAAAAAGCUAAGUUUGAAUGGAUCAUUAUAUGAAGUGUUUUAAGUGUUUGUAAAUGACCUUUUCAAGUGGAAAGAGUUUUGGAAUGAUUUUGGUUUUUAGCUUUAAAAAGUAUUUGCUGUUUAAUUGCUGCUGUUUUUGUGGGAUUGACUGUUUAGCUAUUUAUUGUGUUACAGAGAUGUCACCAUUCCAUUUGACUUUUGAAUGUGCGAAGCUACUUUUUGAUGUGUAUACAGUAUGAUAAGUCUCCCACUGCCUACUAAAGCUAGACUCUUGCUAUCAUAAAUAUAUAGAAGCUGUAUUCUAAUGCAGAACAAAAACUGUUGCUAUCAACACUGACAGGUCUGCUGAAGUUUUCAUUAUUUUACUCUUUCGUGACGCAUAUAGUUAAGCCCAUACUGCCAAUCAAAGAUCUUUGUACGGUGGAAAGCAUAGUUUUGUGUACUCAACCACUGUGUCAAUAUUAAAACAUGGUGAUAAGAUUAUUGAUGUUUUAAAUUUUUAAUUUCAAACAGUAGUUCAUUUUUAAGGAAGUUUGUUUCUGUGUUGCUGUGAAGCAGAGUAGUGUGACAUCGACUUUCUCAGGCAGUAAAAUCACACUUCAUUAAACCUAAUAAUAACUUGGCAUAAUGAAAGUCUUUCAAAAUCACCUUGUAAAAAUAAUAAAUAAAAAGGAAA